UUUAUGAAGCAACAAAGCACUUUUUAAAUCUCUGCGCGUCAAUUUGCAAAUGAACUGAUAUUCAAAAACAUAUCGGUAGGUGGCAGCAGCGCACAUGCACAGCCAGAAAUAGCAGUCGAUUCACUAACGAGGAAGUUAAGAAUCAAAACAGUUAGGGUCUUUGACAGUUUUUCUCCGAGAUGGAACUCAUGGAUUUUAGAAGAAAAAUAAAUUUAAAUGUCUGAAAUACUGUAUAAUACACCGCGAAUAUUUUACGGUCUGGAUACACUUUUUGAGGAAUACCGGCGAAUGCUAAACUGAGGAAAAGGCAGUUGUUGCUGUUUUACUUCUUAGCCGGUUAGCUUUCCCGUUAGCUGGUUAGCUUUCCAGGCUCGGGAGCAGCUCCAUGGGGAACUAUGGGAUGAACAUGACCAUAUAUAGACAGGACACGGAGCUGCCCCACCGGUGAACUGUAAUCUCAUCCUGGAGGCUGACAAACAGCAGGGGGUAAACAUGUCAGCGGACCAGGUUAUAGCCAUCGUGGUGGACGACAGGACCUACGAGGUGAAUAAAAAGAAGCUGAUCGAGAAAAGCGACUACUUCCGAGCGCUCUACAGCUCCGGGAUGAGGGAGUCCACAGAGGACUCGGUCCAGCUGCAAGGGCUCAGCGUGCCGGGCCUGGAGCUGGUCCUGGAGUUCAUCAACACCUCCAAAGUUCAGGUGGUCAAUGAGACCCUGGAGGAUCUGAUCGAGACUGCCUCCUUCCUGCAGGUCACCUCCAUCCUGAAGCUGCUCAGCUCAGAGAUCCGGCCGGAAAACUGUGUGGAGCUGUACAGCCUCUCUGAAGUGUACGGAAUCCACGAUCUGAGGACCGCCUGCCUCAAGUACAUGAGCUGCCACUACCACCCCAUGCUGCGGCGCCCGGAGUUCGGCAGCCUGCCCCCGGCUGUGAGGGACCAGCUCCGGGAGAUGCGCAUGAAGGGCACCGCCACGCUGGUGGUCAUCGGAGACUUCACCUGUCUGUCCCUGGAUGUGCCGGAUCAGGACGAGCCCUGGUCCAUGCUCAGGUACGGGGAGGUGGAGCAGCGCUGGAAGCCGCUGGCCAACAACCUGCCGCAAGACAUGAUCAACGUCAGAGGCUACGGCUCCGCAGUCCUGGAUAACUACCUGUUCAUAGCGGGCGGCUACCGGAUGACGAGCCAGGAGAUUUCUGCAGUGCAUUGCUACAACCCCUGCAGGAACGAAUGGAACCAGGUGGCUCCUCUCAACCAGAAGAGGUCUAACUUCAAGCUGCUGGCUGUCCAGGGGAAGCUGUACGCUGUGGGAGGUCAGUGUCUGGGUACAGUGGAGUGUUACGGCCCUGAGCAGGACUGGUGGACCUGUGUGUCCUCCAUGCCUGACCCUCUGGCUGAGUUCUCAGCCUGCGAGUGUCAGGGAAUGAUCUACGUCAUGGGUGGAUACACCGCAAGAGAUGCGACGUUUUUCCCUCCUGACAGACAGAAACACCAACGUGCUUCGCUACUGCCCCACCUCCGACUCCUGGUCGGUGUUCCAGACGUGUCCGGUCCACAUCCGGAAGCAGCAGAUGCUCUCGGUGGAGGACACCAUCUACCUGGUGGGCGGCUACACCCACCAACUGGAGGCGGGGCGGCGGCAGCGGCGGCCCAGCCAGACGGAGGACGUCCUGUCGGUUCAGUCGUACAACGUGUCGACGGGGGAGUGGAUCCAGCUGAAGGAGAACACGUCCAAGUCGGGUUUGAACCUCACCUGCACGCUGCACAACGACGGCGUCUACAUCAUGAGCCGCGACAUCGGGCUCCCCACCAGCCUGGACCACCGCGUCUUCCUCAAAUACAACAUAUUCUCUGACGCCUGGGAGGCCUUCAGGCGCUUCCCAGCUCUGGGUCAGAACAUGCUGCUGUGUUCGCUUUACCUCCCCAACUCGCUAUGACCAGCGGCCCGCUGGGACCAGAGGAACCUCCAAACGAAGCUCACUGCAGUGGAGAGAACAUUUAAGAGAAAUCGGACCAAACUCAGAAAUCCGAAUGCUUCUCCAGUCAGUGAACGCACCAUAAGAUGUCACUUUCAUCAGCCAAACAUUCGAUUAUUCAUUUCAGUCCUUUGCUGCUUGGCAUCUCUGCAGUUUUGUGAAAAAAAAUUUCACCCAAAGUAACAUUUUUCCCUCAGUAAAUUACCGCAACCUUAUAGCGCUUAUCCUGAUGCCUUUAGGGACUGAAGAAGAGCAGAUCUUUGAGUUUCUGACCAGCCUGAAAUCCCCUAACCUCUGCAGGUACAAACUUAUUAUCUCCAUAAUUCAACAAACCACUAAAACUGAAAAUGAGCGUAAAUAAAGCUUGUUUACAGAUACAAAACAAGGAUCUGAAUUGAACUGAGGUUUACAGUUAUUAACACUAACCACCAGUAAAUGUUUAAAAUGUAACGGUCUUAAAAUAUUAAAGUCUGGUUUCACAUCAGAGACUCUUAACACACACAGUGUGACGUCACCUCUGACCUUAAUGUAAAUAAUUAGUGAGCACUUGAGGCUAAAAGGAGAUAUUUUGAAUAAAAUCCUGAUGUUUACACUCCAAAUAUGGCAUUUUGCUACAUGUUUUUAUUUCCUCCCCCAAACUUUAAAGCUGCAUUUCUUAUGUUUCUGUUCACACCUAAUCAGGGACAGAGCUGCGGUUUAUGCCGACACUUUAACAAGAACGGGGGGUCCUUGAACGCGUCGGGAAACAAAGCGCCUUGUUCAGUCUUAUUUCUCCUGAGAUAAACUAAAUAAACGUCCCAGAUGUGCCUUCUGCAACCGCAGUGAAACCAUUAAGGAAAAAAAACACAAAAUGCAAGACUCUGUUACAGCGCCAGCAUCUGACCAAAAACUGCUGUUUUUAUUUUCUGUUUUUGUUACAGUGGAUGUUUGCUGAGCAGUGACAUGAACCUCUGAUCGUCCUGUGUAAUAAGUGCAGUAUUUAUGGAGAUUGGAUUUUUGUUUUUUGUUGCAGAAUAAAGCUUCUGGGUUUGA